CAACAUAUAUCUAUGUGCGUCGCCUAUCUCUCUCACCCCCUGCUUCGACUUGAUUUUCUCGAUCGCUUCUCCUCCGAUCGAUUUGAUCUGGAUGAUGGAUUGGAUUCCCCUUUUUUUUUUGUCUCUCCUUUAGGGGGUUUGGAAGAUCGGGCCGGUGGGAAUUCGCCAACGAGCGCUUCCGCCGAGGCUAGAAGCGACUGCUCUGCCAGAUUCACACCGUCCUAAACUAUCGGCCAUGCUGCCGUCGACUACACCAUCGGCGCACUCGGCGAACCCCGUCGGAUUGCUGGUCAAUUCCAGUGCUGAGCAGGUCAUGCCCAGGUACGCUCCCAGCUGUCAGAACAACGCGGCGGCGAUUAGCCGCAGAGGUGGUGGCGGAGGAUCUACAUCGACGCAAACGGAGCAGCUAGACCUGUCGUUGCAGUGGUGGCCGAUGGAGGAGGUCGAGGAAAAGACGGCGGACUCAGCUGCGUCGGCGAAGCAGAAGGCCGAGGGGUGCUCGACGACCACGAGGCGCUUCGGAGUCUCAAUCAGAAUCAAGAGGAACCGCGUAGAAGUAACGCCGGACGCGAAGGUCGGAAUGCAGUAACGGCCGUCCAACUGAAACAAGACGGGCGUCGCUACGCUGCGCGAUGAAACGGCGACAGCACGUGACCAAGAUUCGUCGGUCCGUUUUUCUAUACUUUCCGUUUUUUUUUUUUCAAAAAAAAUCUUUUUAAAAUCGAAAAUAAUUUAACUUUCUAUUAUUUUAAAACCUCAUAAAAUUCUAAAUUUAGCAAAUGGAAAUAAAAAAGGGGGGAAAAAGUGCCAUAAUUGUAUAGGCGCUCAACCGAACCAACCACCUCGCAUGUUGUCCGCUUUCUUUCUAUUUAUGGCCUUUCCUUCCUUCUCUUUCUCCUCUCCCCUCUUUUUCUCCUCCGUUUCAACUUCCCCUCCUCCUUCGCUCCGAUCUCCGAUCUCAUCUCCGACAUGGCCGCCUUCCGCCUUCCCUCCUCCUUGUAGCCUCUCGGCCCCUCCUCCUCCCUCCCUCCUCGGCUUCUCUCCCCUCCGCGAACCGCCCGAUGGAAAUCCCGAACGUGGCGGGAGGAUGAGGGGCCGGACGAUGCCUCUUCCUGUCGCGUCUUGCGGUCAUCGCCUGCAAUCGGCCUCUGAUUCGUUCUCCGCCACGUCCGUAGUGCUCCGGUUCUUCCCUCUUCUCUUCUUUUCUCGAUCUGUAGAUUUCGGUUCCUCCUUUUUUUUCCCUCUUUUUUGUUUUGUUUUCUUUCUGUUGCCCCGAAUGGAACCCGCAUUUUUCGAUGGUUCCUCGAGAGCGACCUGGAUGAUUGGCGACGGCGACAGGAAAUCGGAAUCCGAGUUCGAAGCCGAUCCUACCGGACGAUAUCUUCGUUAUAAUGAGAUCCUUGGUAGAGGAGCAUUCAAGACUGUUUAUAAAGCAUUCGAUGAGAUUGAUGGGAUAGAAGUUGCGUGGAAUCAAGUGAGAAUUGAUCAGGUGUUGGAGUCUCCUUUCGACCUUGAACAUUUGUAUUCUGAAGUUUAUUUGCUGAAGUCCUUAAAGCAUGAGAAUAUUAUCAGAUUUUUCAACUCAUGGGUUGAUCACAAAAAGAAGAACGUUAACAUCAUUACUGAAUUAUUCACUUCCGGAAGUCUAAGACAAUACCGCCAAAAGUACAGGCGUGUGGACUUGAGGGCAAUAAAAAGCUGGGCAAGGCAAAUUCUUCAAGGUCUGGUGUACCUUCAUGGUCAUGAGCCUCCUAUCCUUCAUAGAGAUUUGAAAUGCGAUAACAUAUUUGUGAAUGGCAAUCAUGGAGAAGUCAAGAUUGGCGACCUUGGGUUAGCUAUUGUCAUGCAACAGCCUACUGCUCGAAGUGUUAUUGGUACUCCCGAGUUCAUGGCUCCAGAACUGUACGAGGAAGAGUAUAACGAAUUGGUUGACAUUUAUUCUUUUGGUAUGUGUAUCUUGGAAAUGAUUACGCUUGAAUAUCCAUAUAGUGAAUGCAAAAAUCAAGCUCAGAUUUAUAAGAAAGUGAUUUCUGGAGUAAAGCCAGCUUCACUUGCUAAAGUAACAGAUCCUCAGGUACGCCAAUUUAUUGAGAAAUGCUUGGUUUCUGCUUCAGAUAGAUUGCCUGCUAAGGAGCUCUUGAAAGAUCCAUUUCUAUGUGAUGAUACCUCAAAAGAACCUCUUAGAACUCAUGUUCAUGCUUUUAACGGCAUGCUUAAUGCAACAAAUCUACCUUCAAGGCCAUUGUCUGUGGAUGUUAACAGCAACCUCACUGCCGUUACACCGAAAUUGGAAUUGGUAAAAACUAAUAGAAACAAUGAAUUUAAACUGAAAGGAGAGAAAAGUAAUGAUGCUUCCAUAUCACUAAGACUGCGCAUUGCAAAUACACAUGGUCGAGCUCAGAAUAUUCAUUUCCCUUUCGACUUAAACUCUGAUACACCUCAUGCAGUUGCAGCAGAAAUGGUUGAGCAACUAGAUUUAGCAGAUUAUGAUGUUGCCUUCAUAGCUAAUUUUAUCGAUUCUUUGAUCGCUAAACUCAUACCUGGUUGGAAGCCUUCUGCCAGUCUAGUUUCAAAUGAUAACAUGAACACACGCCAAGAUUAUGGAGGCUGUGGAAAUAAGGAGCUUUUAACUGAUUGCCCUUCAAACCUGCUGUCCAUUAUUCCUUUCCAGGUCAGCUAUGGUCAUGCUGAUUUAUCGCCGUUAAAUAUUGGGACCUUAGAGGGAGAAUCUGCAGAGCAUGAAGAUGACAUAUCAGAUCAGAAGACUUGUGAAGGGAUUCCAAUUGUUGAUUUCGAUUCAUUUUGGAGUGAGGUCAACAAGAUGGACAAGGUUUCUCUUAAAUCAGCUACUUCACCUAUGUUUGUUGGUAGCUUCCAAAGCUUGAGUGAAGAUAACACAGAUGUCGACUCUAAAGGUGAUGGAGGAACCUAUGAUACGAUCGAAGGACUAACGCCAAAGAAGAACAUGAAACUUUUCGACUCUACAGGUAGUUUCGAGAACUUGAAAGGCUCCUCACUCUCACUAACAGACAAAGAGUACAAAGAUCUGCAGGCAGAGCUCUAUAAAAUUGAAUCUCAAUUCAAUUCCUAUUAUUAUCAGCUUUCAAGCAUGCAACAAUACGCAAUGCAGAAUGCUACGAAGACGUUUUAUGCAAACAAGAACGGAACAAAACCUUCUCCUACUCUGCUCUGAGUGUUUCUUAUGGAAAGAUUGAAUCAUAGAUGGAGGUGUUGUAUGCUUGUACAUAGGGGAAUAUAUGUAUAUAAACCUGUCCAAUAAGACGGUAAGACGAAGAUACUCAAAUGCCUAUUAUGACUAUUAAAACAGACAUGUUCUAGCAAGAUCAUUAUCUUAAGAUCUAUAUAAUUUCUAUACACUGAUCUAUGUUAGCAAGUCAGAAGCAAUGCAUACCUGGUCAGAUCCAACCAAGCAUAUAUUCCACUUGCAAGAACCAUAAGGUUUGCCCUUUUUCUGGAGAGAAGCUGAAUGAAGAAGCAUACAUGAGUGAUAUUGGUUCGGCUCACCUCUCUCUAUCCUCGAACCGAUAUUAAAGAUCUGAGCCGACACAAUAACACACCAUGUCUUCUUCUUCUACUACUACUAAUUCUCCUCUCAUCAUGAAGUUCAUUUGGAUUUCUGGAGCUGAAUCUUGUUGAGAGGUCAUGGCGCUUGACAAUUCUUAUAUUUAUGCCUCAAGCAGAGCAAGUAGGUGUUUCUUUCAACUCCAACUGGAAUUUAACUGUGCAGUGGAUGGUACAAAGGGAUGAGAUUGCAAAAAAAAAAAAAAGGCACUGUUGUCCCUUAUUGUCAAUAGUUAUCAAAGAUCAGAGAGAAGGAUUUGGUGACCUAAUAGCAAUUGACUUGACAAGGUUGGAGACAGCCAAAAGGAAUAUGUGGGAGAUCGAUCUCACCAUGCAGCGCUUGAUUCUGGAGUGUAUCUGUUUGUUUUGUAGCCAUGUAUUUAACUUUGUUUUCAAACAGGUGCUUCUUCAUAUUGCGUAUGUGAAUAAAGAAAGUGUUUGAUUUGAAUGUUUUUAAA